GGAAGUUUCUGAGUUGCUGCUAACUCAUUGUGCUUCAACUUGUUAAAUAUUGGGUGCAUCGUCUCUUUGCUAAAAUGGAAUGUCUUAUUGGAAUACAAGGAAAAGAUUUUGUUCUCAUGGCAUGUGACACUGUAGCUGCCCGCAGUAUUGUUAAAAUGAAAAAUGAUCAAGACAAAAUGUUUAAGUUAAGUGACAGGCUGCUGAUGGCUGUAGCUGGUGAGCCAGGUGACACUGUUCAGUUUGCAGAAUAUAUUGCAAAGAACAUCCAGCUCUACAAAAUGAGAAAUGGAUAUGAACUUUCGCCUUAUGCUGCUGCAAACUUUACAAGAAGGAACUUGGCAGAUGCUUUGCGCAGUUAUGAACGUAAAUUCGUGAAUCUGCUUAUUGCUGGGGUAGACGCAGAAGGGCCAUCACUCUACUUUCUUGACUAUUUGGCAUCCCUUGUCAAGAUGCCAUUUGCUGUUCAUGGUUAUGGUGCAAUGUUUACCUUGUCAAUCAUGGAUAAAUACUAUCAAAAAGAUAUGACAAGAGAAGAGGCAAUUGGUCUGUUACAGAAAUGUGUAGCUGAGAUCCAGAAGCGCUUUUUGGUUGAUAUCCCACAGUUCAGGGCAAGAUUUGUGAGCAAAGAUGGAAUUGUGGAUGCAGGAUUUAUCAAACCCAAUCCAUCUGUAGUUUCUUAAAUUAUCAUAACUGUGAAGCUGCCUUUAUAUCAUGAAAAGAUAUGCAUGGAUUAUUUCUUUAAAAAAAUCCUGUUGUUUUUUAGCCUUACAGAGCAUUUGAGAUAUACACUGAAAGUGAAUUGUUUAUGGACUUAGCAAACUUAAAUGCGACAUUAUUACCUUCAUAUGACUCUAGAUCAUCAUAUUUGUUAUCCUAGGUACAAAUAGCUUAUGAAAAGGAAAUUUGAUAUUUUUUUUAAAGCAGAAAGGAAAGCUUUCUUUUGGAAGCAAUUUUCACAUCAUGUACACUUUUUAGAAGACAGGUUCUUUUUUCUGAUUAUAUUUUUGUUUUGACUGAGAUAAAGAAUAUGUCUUUUGAGAUGAAUGACUGGCAUUGUUAAAACCAUUUUCCAUUUAUGGAGAAAUAAACUAUGUAACAUGUACCCUUGUUACAAAAUACCUGAAA